AUGCCGCGCGCGGGCCGGACCGGGCCGGAAGUCGGGGUCGCGGCGACGCGGGCGAGAGCAGGAAGAAUGUCUUCUAUAAAAAGAAGUCCAACUCAAGAAGUGAUUUCCCAGUUUCACUCUUCAGCUGCAGAAGGUGAUGUUGCCAGGUUAACAGUGAUCUGCAGCCAUUCGCCAUCUGUUCUCAAUGAAACAUCUGAAAAUGGUUGGACAGCUUUAAUGUAUGCUGCAAGGAACGGGCAUCCAGAUGUUGUUCAGUUUCUUCUUGAGAAAGGGUGUGACCGGUCCAUUGUCAAUAAAUCAAAACAGACUGCACUAGACAUUGCUAAAUUUUGGGGUUACAAGCAUAUCGCUAACUUACUAGCUAAUGCCAAAGGUGGAAAGAAGCCAUGGUUCUUAACCAGUGAUGUGGAAGAAUGUGAAAAUUAUUUUAGCAGGACACUGCUGGACCGGAAAAGUGAAAAAAGAACUGAUUCUGACUGGCUACUAGCUAAAGAAAGCCAUCCGACUACAGUUUAUAUCCUUUUCUCAGAUUUAAGCCCCUUGGUUACCCUAGGUGGCAAUAAGGAAAGUUUCCAACAGCCAGAAGUCAGACUUUGCCAGCUAAACUACACCGAUAUAAAGGAUUAUUUGACGCAUCCCGAGAACAUUACCUUGAUUUUCCUUGGAGUUGAACUUGAAAUGAAAAAAGAGUUCUUUAACUCUACUGGGGAAGUUCCACGAGAAGAAGAAGAUGGGCUGGUUGCUUGGUUUGCUCUGGCUAUAGAUCCUGUUGCUGCUGAAGAAUUUAAGCAAAGGCAUGAAAAUUGUUAUUUUCUUCAUCCUCCAAUGCCAGCCCUUCUGCAGCUGAAAGACAAAGAAGCGGGGGUUGUGGCUCAAGCAAGAUCCGUUCUUGCAUGGCACAGUCGAUACAAGUAUUGCCCCACCUGUGGAAGUGCCACGAGAAUUGAAGAAGGAGGCUAUAAAAGAGUGUGCCUGAGGAAGGACUGCCCAAGUCUGCAGGGUGUCCACAAUACCUCGUACCCACGAGUUGAUCCAGUAGUUAUCAUGCAAGUUAUUCAUCCAGAUGGGACCAAAUGCCUUUUAGGCAGGCAGAAAAGAUUUCCCCCAGGCAUGUUUACUUGUCUUGCUGGAUUUAUUGAACCUGGAGAGACAAUCGAAGAUGCUGUUCGGAGAGAAGUAGAAGAGGAAAGUGGAGUCAAAGUUGGCCAUGUUCAGUACGUCUCUUGUCAACCGUGGCCAAUGCCUUCCUCCCUAAUGAUUGGUUGCUUAGCUGUGGCAGUGUCUACAGAAAUUAAAGUUGACAAGAAUGAAAUAGAGGAUGCCCGCUGGUUCACUAGAGAACAGGUCGUGGACGUUCUGACCAAAGGGAAGCAGCAGGCGUUCUUUGUGCCCCCAAGCCGUGCCAUUGCGCAUCAGUUAAUCAAGCACUGGAUUGGAAUGAACCCCAAUCUUUAAAUCAAAUGACUAAUUAAUUUUGUCUCAGUAUUAAUUUCUAAUGCCACUUUAUCCUCUGAUGAAAUUGAUCCUGGUGAUGCUUUGCAGUGUCACAUUAUACUGGGUUUUCAAGGUAAUUUCAAAGUGUGCUUUCCAACUUAAUCAUCAAAUUCAUGCUUCCAUAAAUUACAUCACCUCGGAUCUUCUAGGAAGAGAGUCCUGGUCUCCCUGCAUUUGUUUCAGUUGCACACCAUGAUUUUAUCUCACAAAACCCAAUUUCUAAUAAGAGAAAUCAUAUAACAAAGUCGUUUGUAGAGAUUUAAAUCUAAAUUCCAGGGUGCCUUGUAAGCAUUGGGCCAGUCACUCCAAUGCUUCUUAGAGAAAUAACACAAUUUUAAUGGAUUUCAUCUUUAUUUUAAAUUGUUUAAUUCCCUGGGCUGGAGCAAUAGCACAGCGGUAGGGCAUUUGCCUUGCAUGCAGCCAACAUGGCCGACCCGAGUUCGAUUCCUCCGCCCCUCUCAGAGAGCCCGGCAAGCUACCGAGAGUAUCUCGCCUGCACGGCAGAGCCUGGCAAGCUCCCCAUGACGUACUCGAUAUGCCAAACACAGUAACAACAAGUCUCAUGAUGGAGACGUUAGUGGGCCCGCUCGAGCAAAUCCAUGAACAACAGGAGGACCGUGACUGUGACCGUUCAAUUCCCUUAAAUUUCCUCUGGGCUGCCGGUAGUGAGUCUCGCUCCUCUUCCCUUAGAGUCACUGUGUUCUGGGGGUUGUGCUGGCAGUGGCUGCUUCUCCCUCUGGUGCCCCCCAGGUUCUGGCGAGAAGAACUCAGGAGCCUCCUCUGCAGACUAAGAAUCAUUCACAUUGACCUUGUCUGUUCUGCGCAAAGUUGUUCUCCAUUAAACUAGGGAUUUUUUACUUUCUCACUAACAUUGAAUAUGUUGGAAAGAAUUCUUCUUAAAGGUAGCAUCUUGAUUUUGCCCUUCUAUGAACACAGUCUAAGAAACUUUAAAAAUGUUUGUCUCAGGCCGGCGUGAUACUAGAGUCGGUAGGGCGUUUGCCUUGCACAUGCAGACCUGGGUUCAAUCCCCAGCAUCCCAUAUGGUCCCCCGAGCACCGCCAGGAGUGAUUCCUGAGUGCAGAGCCAGGAAUAACCCCUGAGCAUCGCCGGGUGUGACCAAAAAAGCAAAAAAAAAGAAAAGAAAAGAAAAUGUUUAUCUCAGAACCAGAUCAGUGAGCAAAAAGAAAUGGUAUUAUACAACUUUGCCAUGCAAAUAGUUUGAAAUCAUUUUAAAAGAUAGUCUAAGAGUAUUAAAUAUAUAGUAACUUAUAGUAAUAAAUAUAUAAUAAUAAAUAUAUAAUUGACUCUUUACUGUUAUAUAUUAAAAAUGAAAAAACCUUAAGGAUAAUAUAUAGUUAAUUGCCAUAUUUUUUUAGAAAAUUAAGAAGAAAUCCAAAAGGUAAAUCUAAUUAUUUUAAAUCAUUAAAGGCAAGUAAAUUGAUGAAUUUAUAAAAUUAUACUUAACAUCAUUAAUAAAACUAAUCCUAACUAUGAUUAAAUAACAUAAUUUCAAGUCUCUUGUAUAACCACAUUCACUAUUCUUUUGAUAGGAAGUGAAAACUGGUACCAAAAGCUUAUAGGCAGCAAAUCAAAAGAAGUAAUAGGAAUAAAUUUAAUUUGCUCAGUAUUCUUAAUUAAAAUUAUCACAUACCAAAGUUGAUUUAACAAGAUAAUUUUCUUGGGGGGUGAGCGCUUAAUUUAAUUCUUUUUUUUCUUUUUUGCUCUGGGUCACACACAGUGGUGCUCAGGGAUUCCUCCUGGUGGACUCAGGGGACCAUAUCAGGUACUCUGGGUUAAACUCAGAUCAGCCUUGUACAAGGGAAAUGACCUACCAAUGUACUGUCACUCUGGCCCCAAACUUUUCUUGAUAAAAUAUGACCAGUGGGACUGGAACAAUAGUACAGUAGGUAGGAUACUUCCCUUUCAUGUGACCUACUGGCAUUCAGUCCCUGAGAUGAGCCAGGAAUGACCCCUGAGUUCAGAGCCAGAAGUAAGCCCUGAGCACAGCAGGUAUGACCCAUUAAAAAAAUACCAAUAAACAGUGAAUUUCUUAGUAACCAAUGAAAGAUUAGGUUACUGAUACUGAUGUUAGGACUUUAGGGUUUUUUUUUAAGACAAUAUGUUGUGAAAUUUGAACUACAUAAGUGUCUAAAAAAUGAUGUGCCUUGGUUUAUUGUGAAGUAUAAUGAUUUGAGGUCCAGUUUUUACUUUAAAUGCACUUCUAAAUCUUCAGAGGUUUUAAGAUACAAAAUUUCAGGUUUGCAUGAAAUUAGAAUGUUAAAUUAUAAAUUGUCAACAAAAUGAAGUUAUGAAUUUCAUUUUGGAUAUUUAAUCAUGUACUCAGGUAGCUAGGUAAGUAAUUCUUUUAAUUAUUAAAUGGCUAGCUUCUAGCAAUGAGAGAUGAAGAGAGCAUGUAAAAGAAAUGAUGGAAGUUUGAGUCCAAGAGUAUUUUCUAAUGACACUGAAUGUAACAAUUUAUUAAAGUACUUAUCUAUCUGC